AUGGUGGAAUCCAUAAAAAUAAUUCAACAGGCUUUGGAAGGAAUUCCAGGGGGGCCUUAUGAAAAUUUUGAAAUUCGCUGCUUUGAUAGAGAAAAGGAGCCAGAAUGGAAUGAUUUUGAAUAUCGAUUCAUUGGUAAAAAACCGUCUCCUACUUUUGAAUUGCCGAAACAAGAACUUUAUGUGAGAAUUGAGGCCCCCAAGGGAGAAUUAGGAAUUUUUCUAAUAGGAGAUCAGAAUGGUUUUCCUUGGAGAUGGAAAAUUCGUCCACCCGGUUUUAUCAAUUUGCAAAUUCUUCCUCAAUUAGUUAAAAGAAUGAAAUUGGCUGAUAUUAUGACAAUACUAGGUAGCAUAGAUAUCAUUAUGGGAGAAGUUGAUCGUUGA